GCUUGUUCGGGCGGGUAACGUUAUCAAGAUGGCGGCACCCCCAGCCGCGAGCGCUGUGGACGUUCAGGCUCGAUUCGGGCACUCGGUGAAGGGACUGUUGACCGAGAAGGUGACCAGCUGUGGCACGGAUGUCAUCGCCCUCACCAAACAGGUGCUGAAGGGUUCGCGGAGCGCCGAGUUCUUAGGACAAGCUGCCAGAAACAUGGUGAUGCAAGAGGAUGCCAUUCUGCACUCAGAAGAUAGUUUAAGGAAAAUGGCCAUUAUAACUACUCAUCUGCAGUACCAGCAAGAAGCUAUUCAGAAAAAUGUUGAACAGUCUUCAAAUUUGCGCGACCAACUGACUCACCUUCUGAAAUGAAGAGAGACUGUUGCACGGUGUUAAAGAGCUGAUAGAAACCAAUGAGAGAAUACAUCCCUGAGGACUUAUGGAGACCCUUCCUCUGUUCCUUCUUCACCAAAUGCACUAUGGGACUGAUCUCAUCCCCAAAUAACUUCCCAGUUUGUAAUGAUGCAAAGUGUACAUUGCGCAGUGGAUAAGAUUCUGACCUGCAAAUGGAGGAAACUCUUGGAUUUUUUCCAUCACCAGUGUUGCAGUUAUUAAAAAGCUGGCUAUUUUAAUGUAUCUAAUUGCAGACUGCAAUCCCAUGUGUGCAUAUUUUUAAUGGAUUAAUUUUUCCAAGGAUUUACACUUCUGGAGAUCACAAAUGAAAUAUAUCUUGUUUUGUUUUAGAGUGCUUUAAAGGAUGAAACUCUUCUCUGUUCAGAGCUCAGUCAGAUUAAUCAGUGGACUGAAAUUCUUCAUAUUUCAGGGCUGAGGAAUGCAAUCUUAUGGUAGUUGGAUGAGCACUAUAAAGCUGUUUUAAAAAGCUGCAUGCAGGUAGUUCCCUGUGUAUGGUUAUUGUGUGUAGGUUCAACCAUCACCUUGUACUGGCAUUUUGCAUCCCUGAAAAUGAAAAUCUAUCUAGUUUUACUACUUAAGUAAUUAAAGAAAGAGUUAGAGGACUGAAUUUCCCCUCCUCCCAACUUGGUCUUUGUUUAGUGGGAGCUGAGUGUGCAGAGAUGAAAUUUGACAGCUUGUUUAGAUUUUCUUUAAAAGACUAAGUCAGCCAUUCCGCAAAUAAAUAAAUCUGUAUACAUCAUUA